AAUAUUGCAUAUCCAACUAUUGUUUAGCAAUAAAUAAUAAUAACAAGAGUGAUCGUAAUAUGGCAGGCACGUCAGCUGAUACAAUUACCAUUCUUAGUAUUGAUGGAGGAGGAGUUAGAGGGAUCAUCCCUGGGGUCAUUCUUGAUUUCCUUGAAUCCAAACUCAAGGAAUACGGUGGCGAGAAUACAAGGCUGGCAGACUACUUUGAUGUGAUCUCAGGGACAAGCACCGGUGGUCUCAUUGCAGCAAUGAUAUCAACACCCAACGACCAAAAACGGCCUUUGUAUGACGCCAAUCAGAUUGUCCCUUUCUACAAACGGGAAUGCCCAAAAAUCUUCCCACAAGACGAAGACGAAGCUAGAUCGCUAAGGCAAGCAAAGAGUGAUGAAAGUGGUAGAACUAUACCAGGUGGGCCAAGCUAUGGUACGUACCUUCAAGAACUGACAAAAGGAAUUCUCAAGGACAAACGACUGGGCAGUACAUUGACGAAUGUCGUCAUUCCUGCCUACGACAUCAACAAAUUCAAGCCUGUUGUCUUCUCCACUUAUGCUGCCAAAAGUAGUACAAACUUGAAUGCUAAACUUGCAGAUGUUUGCAUUAGCACUUCAGCAGCGCCAGUUUACUUACCAGCUUAUAAGUUCUCCAACGGAUCUCUAAACUUCAACAUGAUUGAUGGAGGCGUUGCCGCAAAUAAUCCAACUCUUCUUGCUAUUCAAGGAGCUUUAGAGACAAAGGGAAAGAUCGAUACUCCACUUGUUAUAAUCUCCUUAGGAACAGGCACUGACAACAGUGUUGGGAAAUACAACGUUGACAUGGUUAAUAACUGGUGGGCUCUUAACUGGAUAAAUAACCCCAGCUGGAAUGUUUUGGGUAGUCCAGAUCGUCCUAUCUUAGACAUCUUUGCUGAUGCAAGCUCAGAUAUGGUUGAGCACUACUGCUCAAUAUUUACUACUCAAUCCAAUUACCUCCGUGUUCAGGAUUCUUUGCCGAAAGAUCUUGUUUCCUUGGAUAAAGCUACCCCUGAAAACCUAAAUAAACUGGAGCAGUUUGCCAAGAACUUGCUCAAAAAGCCUGUUACAAAACUGAGUCAAUAUUCCUUCGACCGUGAAAUCGCCUCAGGAAAUUUGACCUACGAACAGGCACUCGACAGGCUUGCACGUUACCUUGUUGAGCUAAAGAAAAGGCGAGGUGGCGAGGUGCCCAAAAGCGUGUAACAAAUGGUGGUUCUUCGUAAUAUAUAUAUAAUAAAAAGCUUGACAAGGUCUGCUGUUUGUCGAGUGAUCAUAUAAAUAAAUACUUCCCCUGCUGAUCUAAAUGGAAGUACACCAUCCCAAUAAGAUCACCGCAUCACAUAUGUGUGGUUAAGUUCAUGGUGUUUCUAGCUAGUGAAAGUCAAGUUCUAUGUAUCGUGUGUAACAAAGUACGAUCAUAUGUAUAUGUAUGUAUAUAUAUAUAUAUGUAUGAGUGUGCAUUGUCUUAUUUAUAAAAUAUUAAGUGUGAUUUUAAAUAA